GCGGAAGAACAUUGACGUGGAAAAUGGCUCUCGAGUCUCUUAUACCAAAGUUCAGGUUCUCACGAAUCCUCAACUCCAACGCCAAUUCGAAAUCUGUUGCGCUUUUAGGAACUGUCGAAGGACACGGCGAGGACCAGGCAAUCUUACUAUUAGAGAAGUCACUCUUUAAUCUUUCCACUUUUGACUCACUAUCCUCUCAAAUCGAUCAGGUUCUGACGAGUGCAGAGAACGAUAUAUAUCAAUGGGGUACCGGUACUUUGUACUCUGAUGUGCAGCAGUCUCCAGAUAUUAAGAUAUCUUUGAUCUUCCCAGCAACGGAGACGCAUAUCAAGAAACACGAGACACAACAGUUCCACAUGGUUGAAGAGACUCCAGAGCUUUAUAGGAAAUUAGUUGUCCCAUACAUUAACUCUAUGAAGGGAGAUCGACUUCAAUGGGUUAGAAAUAUCCUGUUUGACGGUGCAGAAGCUGAAAGAGUUGUCUUCAAAUCCGAAGGGGAAGAGGGCUUUGUGAUUCUCCCAGAUUUGAAAUGGGACGAGGUUAACAUAGAACAGUUAUACCUCGUGCUUAUUGUAAACAGAGAGGACAUUGCCAGUAUCAGAGAUCUCAACUCCUCUCAUAUUGAAUAUUUAACGGCCUUAAGAGAGAGGGCAUUGAAUGCCGUUUCAAUGAAGUACAGUAUUGCCAAGGAUCAGCUGAGGCUCUUUGUACAUUACCAACCAAGUUAUUACCACUUCCAUAUCCAUAUUGUGAAUGUCCAGCACUCUGGGCUCGGUGGCGGCGUCUCUGCUGGGAAGGCCAUUCUCUUGGAAGAUAUCAUUGAUCAACUACAAUGGUUGGGAGAGGAAGGAUUUGAAAAGAGAACUCUUACUUAUUCCCUCGGGGAGAACACAAAGCUAUGGGCAUUGCUAAAGGAUGCUAUAUAGAGAGUGUAUAUGUAUACCCCGUAUUUGA